AUGCUGUCCUCGCGACCACCACCAGUUCCUCGCCUCCGGAUAGCGUGUCUCGCCCAGACAACUCGCUGCCACGCGCGCUGUGGUCCCGCCACCGUCGGGCGGUGUGGUGUCCGACAUGUAACCACGGCCUUGUUUUCUGGACCCUCUGCUGCGUCUGGAACGCGUGCGGCUCGUCUGGCUCCCUUGCAACACCUUCAGCUCCGCGGCAAGAAAACUACCGUCGUCAAGCUGGACGAGCUGCCACAGGGGCUGAUCGUACCACCAGAGACGCCGGCUCCAGUGGAACAAGAUGACGAGCCCCAGUACCCGACAGUGGUGCAGCAGGCCCGCCGCAACAUGCAGAAGUUUGACAAUUGCGUGCUGCUCACCCGUGUCGGCGGCUUCUACGAGCUGUACUUCGAGCACGCCGAUGAGUACGGCCCGCUCCUCAACCUCAAAGUCUCACAGAAGAAGACAAACGCCGGCCCCGUAUCCAUGGCCGGCUUUCCAUUCUUCCAGCUGGAUCGCUUUCUCAAGAUCUUGGUCCAAGACCUCAACCGCCAUGUAGCCAUUGCUGAAGAGUUCCCCAACGAUGCCUCGUCCAAGAUCAGGUCUGGUGGGUUGAUGCAUGACCGUCGAGUGGCCCGUAUUGUCACUCCCGGCACCCUCAUCGAUGAGAACUUCAUGGAUCCUUAUGCAAACAACUAUGUAAUGGCUGUUCAUCUGCCCGAGAAAGCGGAAUUAUCGGACCAUGUGAGCCGCCAAGCGGGACAGCAAGCCAUCAACACGCCAGACCCGGCCGAUGAUGUCCCGACCCAUAUCGGUCUAGCAUGGCUGGAUCUGUCGACCGGCUAUUUCUUCACUCAGCCGGCCACUCUAGCAUCGCUCGGCUCCGUGCUGUCUCGGGUGUCCCCUCGGGAGGUUGUUCUGGACAAGGCCCUCGAGUCUGCCGAGGAUCAGGGGAUCGCGUCUAUCCUGCAGGAGGAGAGCUACCUGGUGACGUACUCUCCCCAAGGUGAGUUUCAGUCGCUAGACGACUGGCAGCCCAUGCUGGAGGGUAAAAUCCCGGCGAAGGAGGCCAAAAAGUUUACAGAGGAGGAAGUAGAUGCCGGGAGUCUGCUGCUCCACUACGUGGGAGAUCGGCUUCAGGGGCUGAGCAUGAAGCUCCAGCCACCGGUUCGCCAUGUAAACAUGGAGGUGAUGAAUAUUGACAAGAAUACCAUGCGGUCACUUGAAAUUAAGGAGACUGUCCGGGAUGGCACGUUUAAGGGGAGCUUGUUGGCCAUCAGCUUAAUUUGUCUCCUAGGUUUCCCGUCAACAUCACUCAAAGCCAUCAACGCCAGACUUGACCUGGUAGAACGCUUCAUUCAAGACGAAGAACUUCGAGAUGCCAUCAUCGUCCUUCUCCGCAGAAGCCAUGACUCCCAGCGCCUCGUCCAAAAGUUCGCCCUCAACCGCGGCGAUGCCGAUGACCUACUCCAGCUAGCCAGCACAAUCAAAUCAACAGAGGACAUAGUCGCCCUCCUUGAAGCCUCCAUAGCCUCCCAACCCGAAGAAGCCAAACCAGCACCACCAGAAGAAGAUGCCACCCCGGAGGAAGAAGAAGAAGACGAGGACCCCCUCGCCACCCUCCUCUCCCGCAUCUCCCUCAAAUCCCCCCUCAAACUAGCCCACUCCAUCCGCUCCGCCAUCGAUGAAGAAAACCUAGUCCAGCAACACCAACUAGAAGACUCCCGCGCCGGCGAGCUCCUCUCUCUCGCCCAAGAAAUCGUUUCUUCCGAAGCCACAGAAGAAGACGGAACCAUCCUCCCCAAAUCCCGGCUCCCCUCUUCUUCUUCCCCUUCCCAAAAACCCAACCGGAGGAAGAUACCUUCAAUACGGGACCACUACUCGGAAGAAGCAGAACUCUUCAUCAUGCAACCCCGCGCCUCCCGCCUUUUGAGCUCACUGCACAAACAACUCGCCAGUCUCAAAUCCCAAAAGGAAGAGCUCUGCCUGUCUCUCCGUCGGGAGCUGAACCUCCCAUCCCUGACCUUGAAAUGGACACCCCAGCUAGGGCACAUCUGCCACGUCAAAGGUCGGGACUCUCUCUCCUCCCCUGUCUCUGACACCCCUUCCAUCAGGACCCUCUCCACCUCCCGCAGCACCCGCUCCUUUCACCACCCGGCCUGGUCAUCGUUGGGUGACUCCCUCUCCCAAACCCGCCUCGCUAUCAGAGCAGAAGAAUCCCGCGUUUUUGCGUCGUUGCGACAGUCGGUGAUUUUGAAUCUGGUAAAGUUACGACGGAACGCCGCCGUGCUAGACGAGCUAGACGUCCUCACCUCCUUCGCCUCGCUAGCCCGAGAGAAAAACCUCGUCCGCCCCAUCCUGAACACCUCCACCGCCACAAUAAUAGUAGGAGGUCGGCACCCCACCGUCGAGUCCGCCCUCCAAGAACAAGGCCGCACUUUUACCAAGAACGACCUUUUCCUUUCCUCCCCCCCCUCAUCCCCUUCCCAACACGGCCGCAUCUGGCUCGUCACCGGCCCAAACAUGGCCGGCAAAUCCACCUUCCUCCGUCAGUCCGCCCUCAUCACGAUCCUCUCCCAGAUCGGCUCCUUCAUCCCAGCAGACCACGCCCAGCUCGGCCUGGUCGACGCAAUCUUCUCCCGCCUCGGCUCCUCGGACAACCUCUACGCCUCCCAGUCCACCUUCAUGGUCGAGAUGCUCGAGACCUCCACCAUCCUCCGCCAGGCCACCCCCCGCUCCUUCGUCAUCAUGGACGAGAUCGGCCGGGGUACAACGCCACAAGACGGAACCGCCGUCGCCUUCGCCUCCCUCCACCACCUCGUCAAGGUCAACAGAUGUCGUGCGUUAUUCGCUACUCACUUCCACGACAUCGCCGGUUUGAUCAAAGAACAAAACCUGACCGUCCAAGACGGGGGGCAGGAUGGAGCGGUGGAGAUGUACUGUACCGAUGUGGAAGAAGACGAAAACGGGGGGUUCGUCUAUGUGCACAAACUCCAAAAGGGCGUCAACAGGACGAGUCACGCGCUCAAGGUCGCGAGGUUGGCUGGGUUGCCUGACAAGGCUAUUCAAGUUGCAAGAGAAGUGUUAGAAAGGAAUGGGCUAUAG